GAUCUGGGGCCUGAGGGCGGGGCGGGGAGCAGGCCGGGGUCUGUGGGGAGGGGACGCUUCCUGCGGGCGCGCGGAGCGGAGACGGUGACAGCCACGCGCGCACGUGCGCGCCUGGCCGCAGCGCGGCCCCGAGACCUUCACCGGCCGCUGAGAGGCGCGCGGGGGCUGGGCUGCUGCCGUCUAGGGGCCCCGUCCCGAGGCGUCCCCAGCGUCCCGGGCCCGAGUCCCUGAGCGCCGGGCCGAGCCCACCCCGUCGGUCUUGGCUCGUGUUUCGUCCCCGUGGCCGUAAGGGCCCGCCCCCCAACUCCCCUUUACGCUCCCGGGGCAGGGUCCUCACGGCCCAUGCUGGCCGCUGGGGGCCCGUGCCGACCAGACAGCUCCCAGGCCGGCCAGUUGGCUACCAUGGUGGCCCUGAGGCCUGUGCGACUCCUCCAGGGGGGCUAACAGGUCUAGAGCGCAGGCCUCGGGGCGCGAGGGUCCCGGGUCUGAGCCCUGCGCCAUGGCCGGGGCCAUCGCCUCCCGUAUGAGCUUCAGCUCGCUCAAGAGGAAGCAGCCCAAGACGUUCACCGUGCGGAUCGUCACCAUGGACGCCGAGAUGGAGUUCAACUGCGAGAUGAAGUGGAAAGGGAAGGACCUCUUCGACUUGGUAUGCCGGACCCUGGGGCUUCGGGAAACUUGGUUUUUUGGACUGCAGUACACGAUCAAGGACACCGUGGCCUGGCUCAAAAUGGACAAGAAGGUACUGGAUCAUGAUGUUUCAAAGGAAGAACCGGUCACUUUUCACUUCCUGGCCAAAUUUUAUCCUGAGAAUGCAGAGGAGGAGCUGGUUCAGGAGAUCACGCAGCAUCUCUUCUUCUUGCAGGUAAAGAAGCAGAUUUUAGAUGAAAAGAUCUACUGCCCUCCCGAGGCUUCUGUGCUCCUGGCUUCUUACGCCGUCCAGGCCAAGUACGGUGACUACGACCCCUCUGUUCAUAAGCGUGGAUUUUUGGCCCAAGAGGAAUUGCUUCCAAAAAGGGUAAUAAAUCUGUAUCAAAUGACUCCAGAAAUGUGGGAGGAGAGAAUUACAGCCUGGUACGCAGAGCACCGAGGACGAGCCAGGGACGAAGCUGAAAUGGAAUAUUUGAAGAUAGCGCAGGACCUGGAGAUGUACGGUGUGAACUACUUUGCAAUCCGGAAUAAAAAGGGGACCGAGUUGCUGCUUGGAGUGGAUGCUCUGGGGCUUCACAUCUAUGACCCUGAGAACAGGCUGACCCCCAAGAUCUCCUUCCCGUGGAAUGAAAUCCGAAACAUCUCGUACAGCGACAAGGAGUUUACUAUUAAGCCAUUGGAUAAGAAAAUCGAUGUCUUCAAAUUUAACUCCUCAAAGCUUCGUGUUAAUAAGCUGAUUCUCCAGCUCUGUAUCGGGAACCAUGACCUUUUUAUGAGGAGAAGGAAGGCCGAUUCUUUGGAAGUUCAGCAGAUGAAAGCCCAGGCCAGGGAGGAGAAGGCUAGAAAGCAGAUGGAGCGGCAGCGACUUGCUCGAGAGAAGCAGAUGAGGGAGGAGGCAGAGCGCACGAGGGACGAGCUGGAGAGGAGGCUGCUGCAGAUGAAAGAAGAGGCAACAAUGGCCAACGAAGCUCUGAUGCGGUCUGAGGAGACGGCUGACCUGUUGGCAGAAAAGGCCCAAAUCACAGAGGAGGAGGCCAAACUCCUGGCACAGAAGGCUGCAGAGGCUGAACAGGAAAUGCAGCGCAUCAAGGCCACAGCCAUUCGGACAGAGGAGGAGAAGCGCCUGAUGGAGCAGAAGGUGCUAGAGGCCGAGGUGCUGGCGCUGAAGAUGGCCGAGGAGUCAGAGAGGAGGGCUAAGGAGGCUGAUCAGCUGAAGCAGGACCUGCAGGAAGCCCGCGAGGCAGAGCGAAGAGCCAAGCAGAAGCUCCUGGAAAUCACCACCAAGCCCACAUACCCGCCCAUGAACCCAAUUCCAGCACCACUGCCUCCUGAUAUACCAAGCUUCAACCUCAUUGGUGACAGCCUGUCUUUCGACUUCAAGGAUACUGACAUGAAGCGGCUUUCCAUGGAGAUAGAGAAAGAAAAAGUGGAGUACAUGGAGAAGAGCAAGCAUUUGCAGGAACAGCUCAAUGAACUCAAGACUGAGAUCGAGGCCCUGAAACUCAAAGAGAGGGAGACAGCUUUGGAUAUUCUGCACAACGAGAACUCCGACCGGGGUGGCACCAGCAGCAAGCACAAUACCAUCAAAAAGGUAUCGACCUCAAGCCCAAGGCAGAAGACCUAUCUGCAUUUGAGCCCUCAAAGUAGGUUAUUCCCAGGUACUCUGUAUGUGGUGAUGGUACUACCCUCUGUGAUACUAACCCAUGCAUGAGCUUGCCUGUCUCUGUCCCUGGGCCAUGCCGAGCCCUCCCGAGGGCAGGUGGUACCUGGGUACUGGCCGCAGCAUGCUUUGAGUCUGAGAGCAGGCGUCCACCCUGUGGGGCCAGACCAGCCUCCAGGGGUCCAGAAGGCUGCCUCGUUCUGAAGAGCAUGUCAUGGGGCUGUAGGACCGGCUGUCCUUCACAUCUUGUGUUAUCGUUGGGCUGGGGAUGGUCAUGGCUUCUUGUCCAGUGAGGUCUGUCUAAAAGUCCUUUGUCUCAGUGGUGUAGUCCUUAGACAAAUAGCCCAAGCAUGGAAAUGGGAUAAAUUGGGGCAUCUUUAACUCCAGAUCAAGACUAUCAUGUGGUGACAGUUUCCGAAGACCCAUGGUCAUAGCAGGCCACUUCUGGUGGUGGAACGAAGGGGCUGCCCACACUCCCUCAUUUUCUGUUAGAGCCUCCCCUUUCUGUACACAUCCUCUUUCUUUCCAAGUCAAGCAAACCACCAGCACAGC